GAAAGAAAGAAAGAAAGAAAGAAAGAAAGAAAGAAAAAAAAAGAAAGAAAGAAAGAAAGAAAGAAAGGAAAGAAAAAGAAAGAAAGAAAGAAAAGUUAGGAAGGGGUCGGGGUGAAGGCUGGAGAGCAUCAGUUUGUGUGUCAGAUCUGGUGCUUCAUUUUUGGUGUGGGGCAGAGGGAACAGUUAUCGUGGUUAUGAGAGGGUCCCCGGGGCUCCCUGAGGUGACCCAGGUGGUAGAGAUGGACAGGGGCAGGGGGGGCUUCUUGCUUGGGGGCCAGGUAGGUGGGCAUCAGCCUCUGAGGACAAAGAAGCUAUGGGAAACACUCAGGAGGGCCUCACUGCCGGUUAGAGUUCAGUAAGCCCCCACACACAGGGCAGCAGUGCCCCGAUAGCCACCAAGUGCCGCAGUCAGGCAGUCAGGCUGGGGGUGGUGGACCUUGUGGCCACGGCAGGCCUGGCUGGUCGCUCUGUGGUUCUCUGGGCCUCCUGAGGUUCACUGGCCAACAACCCAGCCUCUUACCACUUCUCCUUCAGGCAGGAUCUGGAGGUGGGUCCAGGACUCACUCAGGGUCCUGGUCUGGGGUCUCCCUGGAAGCUGCUGGUAACAAACAGCCCCUCCCCUUUUGGUGCUGGUAUCCAUGGCAACACUGUAAAGCCUUUCUUUCCCUAGGCACACUUGGGUUUCGGGCCUCAGCUCCCCCAGGAACAUCGAGAAUGGCCCCUGAGCCUUGCCAAGAGGCUGAAAGAGCUGAGAAACAGGCUGCCUUAUCCCUGGCGGACCGAGAGCCGGUCAGUGGCCACCCGGAGCCUCCAGCUGGCACACCCAAAGACCCAGUGGCUCCCGCGUGCCUGAAGGACACCAAGCCCAGCUCCACGCCUGUGGUCUUCCCCAUCAACCUGCAGUUGGCCCCUGAGUCCUUGGACCCCCGCACCCUGCGGCUGCUGUGGGGUCAGCGGGAACUGGAGAUCCAGGCUCUGCGGUGGGCCCUCCAGAACCGCCAGAAUGCCCGGCGCUGCCACAUCCUGUGCGAGGUGGCUGGACUGCCACCUGAGAGUUGCUCACACAGCCAGGAGAAGCUCCUGCAGAACCAGGUCCAGAAGCUGACUCUGGAGUUGAAAGGGCAGAAGGAACAGGCCCAACUGGAGAAGUCCCAGCUGGAGACUGAGCUGCAGGCGUUCCAGAGGUCCUGCCUCCUGCAGCUGGCCCGCUCCUCCUGGGUGGGUCGCGUGCUGCGAUCUUCCACGGGCAGUGUGGAGGUGGUAACCGCAGAAGCGCUGAUGGACUCCAGUGACCUCUCCGAGAAUGAUCAGGUCCCCUCUACUGGACAGGGUUUCCGGCUGGAGGACGUAGACUGGAACAGCAUUGCCCAUCGGUAUCCCAACCUCCUCGCCAACAUCAAGUCCAACUCAGAUCAAAAGUACGCCCGGGCCUCGCCAUCCCCACCGGCCCCAGUGCCUGGCCAGUGGGGCUCGGAGCUGCAUAGAGAGUGUGUGGAACAGCGUCUCAAGAGCGUCGAGUGGCGUUCCCUGCCCUCUGUGGACACCAGCAGCUCAGGGGGCACGGACUCCGACCCCGGCCGUGGCUGGCUGGCUGAGCCUCAUCGCGUGCAGAAGGUGACGGGACAGCCACCCUGCGCUGCAGGCCGCAGUUCGGAGUUGACAAAACCACACCGGAGGAGCUUCGGCAGGGAAAUGCAGCCACUGCCUGAAGCCCCCAGGGCCAUCCCUCCUGCUGUGGAUCUGACCCCGGGAGCUGUUCCUCUCCCACGUGCGGCCUCAGGGUACUUCAGCCCCAUUAACUCCAGCCUGAAGAUCGUGGCCGUGAGCCGCAAGGAGAGGUUCGUGCGCGUCCUCAACCAGUCGCUGGAGGAGACCGUCGACCUGGGCGGCCUCACGCUGCAGCAGCUCCUGUACGGCUUCCCGGUGUGCAUGUACCGCUUCCCGCCCGGCACGCUGCUGGCUCCAGGGCACCACGUUACGGUUUGGGGCGAGGGCCCCGGCAGCACCAAGAAGCAGCCGCCGUCGUCCUUGGGCCAAGAGCCUGUCCACUUCCGUUCCGGCCGGGGAUGCGUGACUCUCCUCCUGAACCCCAAGGGCGAGGUCAGGGUCCUGAGCGAGCACCGGGCGCCCCACUGCGUGACCCCGGUCUCGAGGACCUUCGCUGACAACACCGACCUCUCCGUAGACCGCUUCCCGCUCUCAGAGGACGGGCUUGGGGCCGACCCCGGGGAGCAGAGUCGCGGGCCUCAACACUCGCGCGCGGGCAGGGUGCGGGAGGCCGGAGCCAGACGCCGGAGGCCCGGGACGCGGGGCCUCUUGCCGCGGCUGAGCACCAGCAAGCUCCUCCGCCCGCGGGAGGUGCCGGCGCGGCCCGAGGCCGCCGAGACCCGCACGCCCGAGCUCCUGCCCGCCUUGCCCGGUGAGCGCACGGGGACGCGGAGGGCGGGCGGACCGCCGGGGAGUGGGAGUCCGGCCGACCCCAUCCCGUCGCUGUCCCUCGCAGAGGCCGGGCUGUGCCUGGAGCAGUGCGGGGCUAGGAAGGAGCACUGCGGGGCUAGCAAGGAGCGCAGGGUCCGGGUGUGCCGGAGGAGCGUGGACCGGGGCUGCCCGAUGGUAGCGCUGUCAGUGCAGAGCACGGCCGAGAGCAGAUACGGCUUCCGCUUCCUCCCCUGCCCGCCGGUCACCGCGGACCCGGGCGCUCAGGUGUAGAAGGUGGAGGGCAGCGCGGGCGUGGGCGCCCAAGGCCGAUGGGCCGCGCUGGGAGAAAGUCGUGGGAGACCGGCAGUGCCAGCUGCACGAUUUAUUGAACCAACGUCGCCUACGAAGUAAACCGCAUUCGUGUACACCUGA